ACUUCGGACCUUAUCACACCAGUUAGCCAUGCUCACAAUCUUUGCUGCUGUUAAAUAACCUCUACCGCGUCUGCUGCUCUAGACUCACAGGUUCUGUUGAGAGUUUAACACCGCAGGAAACAACUUAGAGCAGUUUUUCUACUAAAGGAAACCAGCAAUCCAAAGACAAAAAGCUCUGCCGUCUGAGUUCAGGAUGGACAGGAAGCAGUGUUGUGUGAAGCUGUCGGUCCAGCCGUCCAGAGGGCUCAUGGAUGAGAAGUUUGUGGUCCUGGUCCAGAGCGCUCUUCCUAGUCAACAGCUGACUGUCCAUGCCUUCCACGAGUGUGAAGAUGGACACAGUUGGCAGGCGUUCGGUCACUAUACCGCUGAUGCCGCCGGGACUGUAAAUGUGUCAGAAGACUGCAGUUUUGGUGGGUCAUAUUCAGGAGUUGAACCAAUGGGUUUACUGUGGAGCCUUGAGCCGGUUCCAGGCAGCAAACCUGGACUCAGGAUGAGGAAGAAGAACGUCCAGACUCCCAUGGUGGUCACGAUCUCAGUGUACCAGGGUCACCACACAGCAGGAUUUGUUGAUCAGGUGCUGCUGGCCAGUGUGAUGGUGGAGCGUUGGUACAUGGCGCCUGGCGUCCGCAGGAUCCCCGUCACAGAAGACAGACUCACUGCAACUCUCUUUCUGCCCCCAGGACCUGGACCUUUCCCUGGUCUUCUGGACCUAUGGGGGGGUGGAGGACAGUUAGUGGAGUACCGUGCAGCCCUGCUGGCCUCUCAUGGAAUUGGCUCACUGGCCCUCGACUAUCUGACAUGUAAAUUCACUCUGGACACUGGGAAGACGGUGGAAAACGAGUAUUUCGAGACCGCCUACAGAUACCUGCAGAAGCAUCCUCAGAUCAUCGGCAGCAGGAUUAGCAUGUUAGGUCUUUCUUUAGGCACCAGCAUCACCCUCAAAAUGACAGUCUAUUCGGAAGUAGUAAAGCUCAGAUGUGCUGUCUGUAUUAGUGGGAGUCAUGUGCAGCCGGUCGAUGGAUCUUUGAAAGAAAUACUGGGUCUCUUUAAAAAUAACUCUGACAAGACUCGCUUCAGUGAUAAAAACGAGGCGAUUUGGCGAGAUCUGCUGCUUCCCAUUCCCUCUGACCCCUCUCUCAAAGUGGAUGUGGGGCGUCUCCAGUGUCCGCUGCUGCUGGUUGUUGGUGAGGAUGAUCAGAACUGGUGCGCGAACGAGUCUGCAAUGGAUAUGAGGGAGAUGAUGGAGCGAGCAGGAAACAGCCACCUGCUGACCAUCCUGUCAUACCCAAACGCAGGUCACCUGAUUGAACCCCCGUACAUGCCGCAUGCCCGGGCCAGCUCUUUCAAAACAGUGGUGGCACAUCAAAAAUUGAUUGCUUUGUGGGGCGGACAGACGCCAGAACAUUCUCUUGCUCAGGAGGACUCCUGGAGGAAGGUGUUGAUCUUUCUGAGGGAGAAUCUGUACGGCGACACAAACCAUGGUGCAUCUUCACUUUCCCAUCUGUAAUCAAGAUGGUGAAGCUGCAGAGUCAAGAUGAUUUUAUCCCAAAGACAAUCUGGAGUGACUCACAGCAGACUUAUUGAUUAUUAAUCAAAACCCUAGUAUAUUUUCUGUGGACCAAUUAAUCAUCCCCCUAUGUGUGUUCAGGAAAUCUGUUUUUGUUUUUAUUUAAUUUUCCGUCAAACUGUAUCAUGAUUUUAAUAAAAUGUGGUAUGCUGAAUGAAUAAAUGAACAGGAAUUUUAGAAAAUGCAGCUGCUCAUCAGCAGGGGAGUUGUGUUGUGUUGGAAAUGCUCAGAUAAUACUCCAAACAACGACUGCAUUUUCUUUACUUUCAGCUGGCAACAAGUUAUUUAAACCUAACUGAUGCAAUGAGUAGCUUCUUAUUUCUUUAACAACCAUGCGGAAAUGGUAUUAUUUUUAUUUAUAGAUAACUUUUUAAAACAAAUGUUAUAAAGUGCUUUACAGAUCAUAAAAACAUUAAAACUAAAUCAAUGACAACAAUGGUACAGAUGAAAGUAGAAUCCAAUGUAACUAUGUCAAUAAAAAAAUGUGUUUUCAAAGUACUCUUAAAAGAUGAUGAGUCAGCUGAUCUGAUUUCCUUUGGCAAGUUGUUCUGCAGUUUUGGGGUCUGAGAAAAAGCUCAGUCUCCAUAAAAGACCUCUGCUGAAAGAACACAAGGUGUACACACAAGUAUAAGGAGUUAAAAGGUAGAUAAUGACAGAUACCAUGAAGUGCUUGAAAAGUAAUCAAUAAAAUGUUAAAAUCAAUCAUAAAACAUACUGGUAACCAAUGUAAUGAUGUUAAAAUGUGUGGGAUAUGAUUGUAUUUCCUUGUUCUGAUUAAAAUCCUGGCAGCAGCGAUCUGAACUGUCUGAAGUCUGUCCAAGGAUUUUUGGUUGAGACGGGUAAAAAGGCUGUUACAAUAAUCCAGCUGACAAUCAAUAAAAGCAUGUGAAAUCUC